CUAAAAUCUGCCAGUGUAGAGUGCUCUCGUAUUUCACGAUACCUACGGACUGUGUGUGUGUGUGUGUGUGAGAGAGAGAGAGAGAAAGAGCCUCGGUACCAGUCUCUAGCAUUUCACAGUCUCACCCGUCAAACCAGUGGGAGAUCGUUCGGUUGCGAGCGUCUUGAUCUGCAACAGCCCUCGUUCGAACGAAAGUACAGUACCCGCACAAGAAUCUAGGUACUUUGCCUGCCUGCCUGUCUAUCGACCUGCCAACCUGCCAACCUCCCUACUCCAGCAUACCUACCUACCUACGCUAGCUAGCAAAGCAGUUCGGGAAACAACAACCUACAGUAAAGUAGACGGUGCGCGGAACAUGUCGGGAAGAAGAGGUGCCACUGCCAAUGGGGAAGGCAGUCGCUGGGAAACGUCGUACGAGAGCAUCAUGGGUAGCGCGAUAGGCACCGCCAACGCUGACACCACCAACGCUACUGCCAUUCCAGGAAACACCGAUGAAACUGCCGCUGCCGAGGCGGCCACCAAAGCGCUUUCUUCCCGACUCGUUACCUUUCGUCAAUGGCUCACCGACGAAGCCCGGGUGGACGUCCACCCUGCAUUGUGUAUCGUCAAUGGGGAAGCCACGGACGGGACCCGAAACGCCCCCGUGCUGGUUUUUGAAAAGCAUCCAACGGUAACGGCCCGACACAAGGGUCGCGUCGGGACCGUGGAUCAGGAUGGGGAUCGGCUCUUGUGGGAUCGCACUAUGGGAUGUCAAGUACGAGCGGCCCGGGAAAUCAAACCGGAAGAAGUACUCAUGACCAUGCCACGAUCCGCCAUGAUUUCACCCGAUUUGGUCGCCGCGAGUGAUGCCGGAAAGGCGGUCUUGGCGUGCGUGUCACACACAACCGGCGCGGAAGGGUUCUGGGACGUGUUCGAAAACACAACCUUGUGCGAAGCAACCUUUUCGCCCAAAGUGGCGGGGAAUACGGGGCCACAGUUGCUAGUCAAGAUUUUGCAGGAACGCAAAAAGGUGGAAGCCCUAUUUAACCAUCGGAAAAAUAGUCCCGCUACGGCUACCAUCGGGGCGGCGUACUCGUUAGCGGCGUCCAAAGGUGUGUCCACGCGAGCGCCGGUAUUGGCAUUUCUUAUUCAUCAGCGAUUUUCCAAUACUAGUCGACCCGCGGUCUCAUCCGACGUACACGAAUUGCAAAUGGCGCUGGAGAGUUCUGACGGCAACGCCUUGCGGCCAGCAACUAGUGUGCGAGUCCCUUCCGGGGCCCCGAAGACCUUUGCUCCGUACGCACGGACCCUGCCAUCCUCCGUGUCGAUUCCGCUGUGCUGGAAACGCAACGAGCUUGCACUCUUGGCGGGAUGCAUUCCGGGAGUAUCCUUAUUGCAAGAGGUCGCCACCAGCACGUUGCAGCUCGCGGCGGAGUUCGCCGCGUUGCUGGAGGCCGGCAUUCUGGAACGCUUCCCGGAAACAUUUCCACCGGGACUCUUGACCUGGGAGCGUUGGAUUUGGGCGGCGGCGUGCUCUUCUUCUCGGGUAUUACCGGCUACCAGUUAUUUGAACGAAGGCGAUACUAGCGCGUCCACGUUCGUACCGACAACUGGCCAGGAGCUUCAAUCACCACCCGAUAUUUGGAAUGAGCUAGGAGUUAUGAUUCCUUUACUGGACAUGCUAAAUCACGAAACGGAAGCCCACCAGGUGACCUGGAAACCGUGCGUUCCGGAAUCAAACGUCAAAGUCGAAGACAGCCCGGGACCCGCGUCGCAUCCACCAGAGGCAAUCGUUCACAAGCGUGUUCGCAAAGGGUCGGAAGUAUAUUGCUGUUACGGCCUACUCAGUAAUCAAGAUCUCAUACUCCGCUACGGCUUUGCGCAAAUGAAUAAUCCCAGUGACGAGAUCAAAAUUGGGUGGACCUUGUCGGAUGCGGUCGGUCGGGUUAAAACUCCGACAGACUACACUCCACUGCUGUCCGUUGACGACCAAGUGUACGAAUCCUCCGACAGCGACGCGAUCAAUACCUGGUGGACGCAAGAACGAUUGAAUCUGCUCGAGAAGGAAGCGUUUCGGGGAUCAAAGGACAGUUUUGCGGCCUUGCAGGCUGGGAAAAAGCUAUCUUUUGUGGCCUACGGCGACGGCACUUACCACCCAAUUUUGCUCACAAUGGCGGUUGUUGCCACCAUGCCUCCACGAGACGUGCGCGAGCAUCUGCAGGAAGAAGACGAAAAAAUCUCGCUAUCGAUACGUCACCAAAGAAUUCUACGCAAUUACCUGGCCUUUACGUUUACGCGCAAGCUCGAAAAGCUUUUGAAUGUUCUCGCUAACGGAUUACACGCCCAUUUCAAUAACGUCAAAUUAUGGACAAAAGCUACGGAUGGAGGUCUGCGAUAUAAAAGCCCGGAGGACACCAACGGAGACUAUGUUGGCUGGCAAACCUUUUUCGACUCGCAUGCGUACGGAUCUUCGAUGGAAGUGGAAAAGAAAUACUACGCUAUGGGAUCGGAUAGCUGUGUAUUGACGUUAUAUGAUGGGCAACUUCGUGCGUUGCAAAUAUCGAUCGAAGGAGCCGUCGACGAGGAAAAGUUUCAAGAAUCGGUGCUAAAGCAAAUUUGCGAUCUUGGUUUCGCGCUUGGCAAAGACGAUGUGUCUGAUAGUACAAAGGAAGAAGAGACUAAUGGGAAGACCUCCAAGCGCAGUCGAAAGAAUCGCAAACGCGGAUCCGUCAACAGUGUGACGUCGCAAAAACAGCCAGCUGUAAAGCUGCACAUAGGCAACUUGGCUUAUUCGACAACCCCAUCCGAUUUGUACGACCAUUUUUCAACUCGGUACGGUAAAGAUAACAUUCUGGAGUGCCACAUCCCUAUUGAAAGGGACACAGGUCGGUCUCGUGGGUUUGGGUUUGUUACUUUGCCUGAAAGUAUUGCAAAUGAAGCUCUCCAGUCGCGAGAGCAACACGAAAUCGAUGGACGUCUGGUGAAAGUUGCGAAGAGCAGCUCGGCAGGAUCGAACAAUUCGGGCAAGUCUAUUACCCCUGCAAAUGCCCACUUGUCCACAGAUCGUUGUGCGAAGUUCUUCCCGGUAUUGAUCGACCACCAACCUCAAUUGGAGGCGGUGGUCGUGGUCCUCCUACAAACAAUGGCCACGAGCCAGGUCAGUACGGAGGGGCCGAUCGCUAUCGCGACGACCGCUACCAUCGAGAACCUUCGCCGUACCGCCACGACCGAGGCUAUCCUGACCGUUAUGGACGAGGACGGCCCUACGAUGAAUUUCGAGAUCGUUCCCACCAUCGGAUUGAUGACUACGAUCGCGAUAUCGACCGUCAUAGAGGUAGUCGUCGACGGGAUCGGUCAGUAUCCCCUGGCAGUCGUAGCUCCGGACGACGCCGAGCAUACGAGGAAGGACGAUCCCAUCGUCGUGACGAAGAAUCCGAUUGGGAGAGCGGACGCAAGCGAACUUGGAGUCGCGAGAGAAGCCGCGACCGCGACCGUAGUAGGAGCCGUGAUCGCAGCCGCCGAAAAAAAAGCAAGCGCCGACGUAGCCGAAGCCGGAGCAGGUCAUUCAGUCCCGGCGCAGUAGCAAAAUGAUUAUGCUUUCGAGGAAAAACUUUUUCGCUACACGGGAUAAUAUAUAAAAAGGGAAUGUAAGCUAGGCAGUGCGUUCGAGAC